CGUAAUGUUUAAUACAUUAAGUUUCAAUUGAAUUCAGUGGGGAAAAAUCUUUGAGUUUUACUUGUUAAGUUUUCUUAAAAUUAUGGAUAAUUAUUGUAUUAACAAAGAAGAAGAGGAACAAAUUAGACAGUUAAAUGGGCAAAUCGUUAUGAACACGCUAGCCAUUUUAAAUAAUGACGCAACGGAAAGUGAAUUGACUCAACAAAUUGUGACUUUUACUGGUCAUCCAAAGAAGGAUGUUCACCACGAAGUGAAAAAAAUAUUAGACUACGGUGUGGCCACUGGCUUCGUCAUGAAGAUAAAGAAUGUCUACUCGCUGCCAUGCGCGUAUGAAAUUGACAGCGGCAGGAAAUAUGAAGCAGCAGAAACGUUUCUUGAAAAUUGCAUAACGCGAUUGCAGGAAUUAUAUCCAGAUUUCGACUAUGUAGAUUACAUUCAAAAUCGGGCCUCUGACGACAAAGCUGAGAGCUCCCCUAGCUGUGACGAUUCACCUACAGCGCCUGUUGCCCUUGACGAAGAAUGUGUUGGAAGCUUCGCACCCUCUGCUGAUGAGGUAUGUGACUCCGAUGGAGGAGAAAGUGAUUGGAGUGACACAGAUCUAUUGUCAACUGAAGUGGGAACGAGGAGCAGAGAGGACGCUAGAAGAAUUGCUGAAUUUCCGGGUACCACAGUGGAUCCAGUUGUAUAUUGCGUUAGUGAUGCCAGUAGCGAAGAUGAAAUGGAUGACACAUUAGUUGAAAUUGAAGUUGAAGUAAGACCGAAAGCGAAGAAACGUUUAUUCAAAGAGAGCGAUGAUGAGGGGGAAAGUGAAAGUUCCUGUAAACCGCCACCUGAAAAGAAGAAACGAUGCUAGCCUGUGGAGAAGUAAAUUACCCUUAUCAGAAUUAUUCGAUUAUAUAUUUGUAUGGCUUUAUA